AUGAGAGUAGACCCUGAUCAUAUCAAUGCUCGUUUGCACGGUUAUACAUUUAUAACGUUUGAAAACGUUGGUGCAAAUGCAUGUUUUGAUAAAUGCAUUCGUCGGAGGAGAUGUCUAUCAUUCAAUUACAAAGAAGAACAACGCCACUGUGAAAUAAACGAGAAAAACGGCAAAACCGACUUAGUUGAAGGAAUUGGUUAUGUGCAUGUAAAUAUACAACAGUACAGAAAUAUCAAAUACAGCCAGUUACUGACUGCAGUGGAUUACACCCAGAUCUUCCAAGUGGUACCUAUGAAAUACGACCAAACCAUUUUCAUGUCAUUAAAGUUUAUUGUGAUCAAAGCACUUCCGGUGGUGGUUGGACGAAGAAGAAAAUAUGGAUCGACUGAUUUUUAUCGUGGCUGGACUGAUUACGAAAAUGGUUUUGGUGAUCUUGAGAAUGAAUUCUGGUUAGGAAACAAGAAUAUUCAUGCUAUAACUGUACAAAGAAAGUAUCAGUUACGAUUUGACCUUGAAGAUUUCGAAGAAGAAACCAGAUACGCCGUUUACAGUACAUUCAACAUUGGGAACGCCUCUACUGAAUAUCAACUGGCAAUUCAGGGUUACACAGGAGAUGCUGGCGAUGCCAUGAGAGAUUGGCAAAGGAGCUUGAACGGAAGAAAGUUUUCAACGAAAGACAGGGAUAACGAUUCUCAUUCCGAUAAAUGUGCAGUAAUAUGCCAUGGUGCUGGGUGGUUUAAAGAGUGUGCCCGUUCUAAUAUGAAUGGUCUGUAUAGAACGAACGGAACAGAAGAUCCAACUACAAUUCACUGGUAUACUUGGCAUUAUCGGAAACCAUUAAAAAGAACAGAAAUGAAAGUGAAGCCCGUCUUGUAAUAAAACGUUUCAACUAACUUCCAAUAACAUUUCUUUCGUAGAUUACGUUUUAAGUAGUCAAAUGAUGAAUUCAAAAGAAGAAAAAAUACACUCUUCAAGAAUAUAAAUAAUGCAUU